GAUGUGCUGUUGGCCAAACAAACACUUGAACAGCACUAGAACUUUCUCUUGCUACAACAACAGCAAAUCACUUCAUUAACUGAAGCUGAGCGGGUUUAACAUGUUCAUUCGUGAUCAUCUGAGCGCAGGACUUUCAGUUAUUCGCCAUUUAUAGAAGAUCACAUUCAAUCAACAGGUGAAACUCAAGAUGCCCAGCCAGACUCUGUGUCCCAGACUAUGCGUCCUAGAGAAGGGCGAGAACGGAUACGGCUUCCAUCUGCACGGAGAGAAGGGCAAAACAGGCCAGUUCAUCCGCCUGGUGGAGCCCGAUUCCCCCGCCGAGCUGUCCGGGCUGCGCGCUGGCGACCGGCUCGUGUUCGUGAACGGUGAGCGCGUAGAGAGCGACAGUCAUCAGCAGGUCGUGUCGCGGAUACGCGCGACCGCCGGUAAUCUGGAGCUCGUAGUGGUGGAUCUUCAAACCGACCAGCUGCUAAAGAAACACGAGCUGAAGUGCGUGAAGGAGUUCGUCACGGAGGGUAUUCCGGUGCCGGAGUGGGAUGACUCCGAGUUCCGCGGGAAUCUGAUGGGCAACGGCACACCGAGAGAGUCUCCGUCUCCAUCGCCGCCGCCGGUGCCCGAGAGGAACGGAGAGAUCCUUUCCGUGCACAUUCCCGCGGUGGAGAAACUCCGAUCAUCCGUGAGCUCGGACAUGGAAGUGGAUCCCUCGCAAGAGGAUCAUCAUAUUUGGGGGUCCUUGACAUCAAAAAGUUUGAAAACCCCUGCUCUGCUCAAUAACUCUUUCAGUCCUGUUGCCAGUCUGGGAGAGUGCAGACAUACACCACCUGCUUCCAGACCAAGACAGGACUUUAAGCUGGAGCUCAGACCUCGGCUCUGUGUCAUUCGGAAAGGCCCCAACGGCUUCGGCUUCAACCUCCACAGUGAGAAGACCCGACCCGGUCAAUACAUCAGAGCUGUAGAUGUUGACUCGCCAGCAGAGAUGUCCGGUCUGCAGCCCAAAGACCAGAUAAUACAGGUGAAUGGAGUUCCAGUGGAAGGCAAGCAGCAUUCAGAGGUGGUGGCUGCUAUUAAAGCCAGUGGAGAUGAGACGGCUCUCUUAGUUGUAGAUCCAGACACAGAUGCUUUCUUCAAGAAGUGUCGGGUGACGCCCACUGCAGAGCACAUCACAGGACCGUUGCCUGAACCAGUACUAAAUGGAGACAUGGAGGAAAAGGUAAAUGGAAAUGUGGCCAAACAGGUGCAGCUGAAGGACUCAAAACUGUCGGUCAGUCCGUCCCCAUCCAACGCAUCCUCCAGCACAUCUCUCACGACUCUGGUCACUGGGACUCCACCCCCUGAGGGGGUGGAGCCGUCAAUCAUAAAUGCCAUACCAGAGCUGAAUCUGUCCCUACAGCAGGUGAAGGAGCGCGCUCACCAGAAACGCUCCAAUAAGAGAGCUCCACCCAUGGACUGGAGCAAGAAAAAUGAACUCUUCAGUAACCUAUAGACCUCCGUCAGACCUCUCCAUCCAUCCAUCAAGACUUUUUGACAUAGACAUGGUAGAUAUAAUGAGGUCAUCAGUAGGGCCAGUAUGAUAUAUAUAUGUACAGUGUGUAUAUAUACACACAGAUUUAUAUUGUAUUCAGAAAUAUAUAUUUGAACUACUAACAGAUUGUAUCAGUACAUUUAGGGCAAUGGAAUGUAACAUUCUACAAUGGUGAUGCAUUUCAAUCAUUCAAACAUACUACAGUAUGUUCAGAAUGGAAUACUAACUUACCACUUACUGUAUACUGCGCAAUAUUUGUAAGUGAAACUGAAAAGAAAUAAUUCCAUGCCAAACAUUUCAAACAGUAGUAUGCUAUGUUUUGGUCACAAGACCUCAUUGUGUUGCAUGUGAGUGGUAUCCAGUAAUCAUCUUGAAAAUAAUAUAAGUAUAAUCAUAUAGUAUAAAGGCUCACUUAGCACAUUAUUAGGAACAUGAUCUUCUGCUGGUGUAGCCCAUUCGACUCAAGGUUCGUGCACAACAUUUGCAUUCUGAGAUGCUAUUCUGCACACUAUAAUUGUACAGAGUCGUUAUCUGAUUUAAUGUAGACUUUCUGUCAGCUCAAACCAAUCUGACAAUUCUCCGUUGAUCUCUCUCAUUCUGUCCACAGAACUGGAUGUUAUUGGAUGUUUUUGGCACCAUUCUGCGUAAAUUCUAGAGACUGUUGUGUGUGAAAAUCCCAGUAGAUCAGCAGUUACAGAAAUUCUCAAACCAGCCCGUCUGACACCAACAAUCAUGUCACAGUCCAAAUCACUGAGAUCACAUUUUUCCCCAUUCUGAUGGCUGAUGUGAAUAUUAACUGAAGCUCCUGACCCAUAUCUGCAUGAUCUUAUACAUUGUACUGCCAGCACACAAUUAGAUAAUCACAUGAAUAAGAAGGUGUCCAGGUGUUCCUAAUGAAGUGCUCAGUGAGUGCAAGUAUGCUAAUGCAGAAAUAGUAAGAAUAGUACGUAUGUUAGUAUGCUAUUCUGAACAUAGCCCUUGUACCUAAUCCACCAUGUAUGUUUGAUAUUAAGCAGAUGUGAGUCUGUCAUGUGCAUGAGGCUGUACUGGAAAGUUCUAACUUAACAAUGUAGUUAAGCAUGAGUUCGAUUUCAUGAAUAAUUUUUAAGCCGUUCUCAGGCUUAUUUCUCUACUAAUUCUGUUUCUCUGAAACAUCUUACUGUUUUAUAAUGAUGGACCAAAUAAACUGUUGAUAGAAAUGAAUUCUUCACUUACACUGUGAGCCAAUGAGUGCAUUUGUUAACUAAGAAUGACAUAUCAUAUACAGGAUAUGUUGCCAUUAUUGCUGAAAUCAGAGACCUCACUGAAAAUAAAUGGUAUUUAAAAUCACAUUUAAACCUGGAAAUAAAAAAAUGAAAAUCAGUAAUAUUUAAGAUGCUGCUCUAGUUCUUGGUUACUUACCAAAUGUAAAAGUAUAUAUUCAAAUAUUGAAUAUACUUGUCAAAUGGCCACAUGUUCUAAUCACCAAAGUAUUUUGAAAUGCCCACAAUUUGAUUUUUUUCUGUUCGUUUUAUGUAUAUAGUCCAAUGUUGACAUCAUACCAUGCACUUGAUCAUUGGUGUAUUGGUUGUCGUUUCCUGUAUGCGUGCACAUGUGAAUGUUAUUUCCAUGUAUCAAUACAUUUAUACAUCACACCCACUU